AUGGCUCGAUUUGCUUCGCCAGCAUUAGGCUGCCAACUUCGGCUAGUCGAGGUCGAGAUGGACGCGGCAAAAGAAACAUACGACCCUAGGCAUUUCAAUGAGCCACUGGAGCUGAGCCUAGAAGGGCAAAGGUCACUGGGUUCGGAUUGUGGUGUUCUUUCGCUGCUCAUUACUACUGGCACAAGACAAAUGCUUUCAUUACGACUGAAUGACUUGUUGAGCCAUCCAAGGGGCACUGAAGGAAUGAUAAGCGUCGACAGAGGAAACCAUAGGCUUUGUGUAAAUCUACCAAACCGAAACCAUACCCUCCGUGUAUGGUUUGCUGAGGAGCGAGACUUUCUCAUUUCCGUGUGCAUUCUUCGAAAGUCCGGCUUCAAGAUUGAGGAUAGCAAGAUAAUCCAGCACAGGGGUAUUGGUACUGCCGCUACCAAUACUAGUACUGACCCUAAGUUCGAGCUCGCAAAGGCUAGUAGUGCCAACCAAACAUCCCCGUUUUCUACUACAUCGUUGACCGUGUUAACUGCGCAAGCCAAGUCUUUAUGCCAUGAUGAUCCUCUGUCUUUCCCGAGAAGAAAGCCUUGGGGAGAAAACAUCUUUGACGAGGUACUUGAGAGUUUACAGAGGCUUAGUGAAGACUCCAAAUCACGAAAUGUUGCCGAGGGCGAUCCAUUACUGGAAAGCCUCGGCUCACAUGACUUAUCGUAUCUUAAUCCCUACAAUGCUUUUUCGAUAAAGAGAAAGGCCAUCUUGAACCAGCCAAAUGUUGGAUCCCCGCUCAAGAACAUGGUUGAUCAAGAACAGCAACAUCAAAGCGAAUCUAAGCGUCUGAAAACGACUUACACCGCCCCCGAACCACAACCGCGGCAUAGUCAUCGCUACUUCACACGUUCAUUCUCGUCAUCCAAGUCUGAAGCGCAGAAGAAGACCGAGCUCAGGUUUCCCUCAUCAUCCCUCAAGGUUCAACGGAAUGCCAGCGCGUCUACAGGUGGAAUCUUCUCAGACAGUACGCGCGGCACUUUCUCUGCUAGCUCCGACUCAAGCCCAAUAGCAACCCUCCAGCAGAUCAUGCCACGGCGCAGGAACCUCCCAUUUUCUACGCUUGUCAAGAGUACACACGAAAAGUUGAGACCCGCUAGUCACGCUGCAGAGAUUGACCCUGGUAGAGAAUCAGUGACACCACCCAGAGCGAGAGACAAGACACAACUGAGCAAAGGACGACUGGCUUCUCCGGAGACGACAAUUAUUCUGACACCUCUGGCGAGUCUUGAUAACGUUGAUAAAGAAUCAUGUAAGAUAUUUGACCAGUACGAGAAGGAUAUUGCAAGAGGCCGUGAUCAGGGCCAAAGCGCCGUCUUCUACUUGGAGCGAUUACAUAUCGCCAGAUCAAGCUUUUGGCUCAAUGAGCUGCGGAAAAUCGGCAAGAGCGACGGCGAAACAAUCACGAGCAUCCAGUACGUAGCCAACAGAGCGCAUGCAAUGAACUGA